AUGCCGCACACGGUGCGUAUCAGACACCAGGACGCAGACCGCUUCACACAGUGCAUAUCAGACACCAGGACGCAGAGCGCUUCACACGGUGCAUAUAAGACAGCAGGACGCAGUGCGCUUCACACGGUGCAGAUCAGACACCAGGUCACAGAACGCUUCAUACGGUGCAUAUCAGACACCAGGUCGCAGAGCACUUCACACAGUGCAUAUCAGACACCAGGAUGCAAAUGCAAAGCGCUUCCCACUGUGCAUAUCAGACACCAGGGCGCCGAGAGCUUCACACGAUGCAUAUCAGACACCAGGACGCAGAACGCUUCACACGGUGCACAGCAGACACCAGGACGCCGAGCGCUUCACACGGUGCACAUCAGACACCAGGAUGCAGAAUGCGUCACACGGUGCACAGCAGACACCAGGACGCCGAGCGCUUCACACGGUGCACGUCGGACACCAGGGCGCCGAGCGCUUCACACGGUGCACGUCGGACACCAGGACGCAGAGCGCUUCACACGGUGCACGUCGGACACCAGGAGGCAGAGCGCUUCACACGGUGCACGUCGGACACCAGGAGGCAGAGCGCUUCACACGGUGCACGUCGGACACCAGGAGGCAGAGCGCUUCACACGGUGCACGUCGGACACCAGGAGGCAGAGCGCUUCACACGGUGCACGUCGGACACCAGGAGGCAGAGCGCUUCACACGGUGCACGUCGGACACCAGGUCGCAGAGCGCUUCACACGGUGCACGUCGGACAGCAGGAGGCAGAGCGCUUCACACGGUGCACGUCGGACACCAGGAGGCAGAGCGCUUCACACGGUGCACGUCGGACAGCAGGACGCAGAGCGCUUCACACGGUGCACGUCGGACAGCAGGACGCAGAGCGCUUCACACGGUGCACGUCGGACACCAGGACGCAGAGCGCUUCACACGGUGCACGUCGGACACCAGGACGCAGAGCGCUUCACACGGUGCACGUCGGACACCAGGACGCAGAGCGCUUCACACGGUGCACGUCGGACAGCAGGACGCAGAGCGCUUCACACGGUGCACGUCGGACAGCAGGACGCAGAGCGCUUCACACGGUGCACGUCGGACAGCAGGACGCAGAGCGCUUCACACGGUGCACGUCGGACAGCAGGACGCAGAGCGCUUCACACGGUGCACGUCGGACAGCAGGACGCAGAGCGCUUCACACGGUGCACGUCGGACAGCAGGACGCAGAGCGCUUCACACGGUGCACGUCGGACAGCAGGACGCAGAGCGCUUCACACGGUGCACGUCGGACACCAGGACGCAGAGCGCUUCACACGGUGCACGUCGGACACCAGGACGCAGAGCGCUUCACACGGUGCACGUCGGACAGCAGGACGCAGAGCGCUUCUCACGGUGCACGUCGGACAGCAGGACGCAGAGCGCUUCACACGGUGCACGUCGGACAGCAGGACGCAGAGCGCUUCUCACGGUGCACGUCGGACAGCAGGACGCAGAGCGCUUCACACGGUGCAUAUCGGACACCAGGACACAGAGUUGCUUCCAAAGCACAGAUGCACUGAAUGGAAAGAUCAUGAUGGAAGAGGUUAAUAUACACAAAAUCUAAAAACAUCAAUGAUGGCCGGGCACGGGAGCUCACCCCUGUAAUCCUAGCGGCCAGGCAUGGCGGCUCACGCCUGCAAUCCCAGCGGCCUGGCGCGGCAGCUCAUGCUGUAAUCCCGGCACUUUGGGAGGCCAAUGUGGGUGGAUUGCUGAAGCUCAGGAGUUCGAAGGCAGCCUGAGCAACAUAGUGAGACUCUGUCUCUAUUUAUUUGUUUAAAAAAACAAAUUUUCUAAUAACUAGAGAUUUGAAUCUGCUAAAAUACAAAUUAAAAGAUAUACAGUUUAAACUGUGUGUGUGUAUGUGUGUGUCUGUGAGUCUGUGUGAGUUUGUGUGUGUAAGGUCAAAAUAGAACCAUUAGCCCACAAGACACCUCAUUUAUAAAACAAAGCCCCUGGAAUGAUAGAAAGAAGAUGAAAAUGAAAAUGAUAUAUGUGAAACUAAGAAGCAGUGACUCUUAAACGGUCACCUGUGACUAAACCACAGAACUAGGGCGACGUCAGUGCAGUCGUUUUAUGGGAAUCAUUGAAAUCUGACCUUGCUGUGUUGUAGCUGACGGUGGCACAGAACUCAUUUCUGUAAAGUGGCCUCAUUUACAGUGUUGUCUUGUGACUAUGUACAUUUUAAUUAGUAAAUAUUAAGUAAAGUUGAUGCAUUUCCUAAGUAGCAGGAGCCACAGCUCAAGUCUUCUGGAUCCUCCUGUGGCCGCAGCCGCCAUCGUGAACACCAAACGGGACAUUUCUGUUGCCUUCGCACAGUGCUGCGCUCAGGAGCUCUUCUGUGUUAUCUUCACAGCUAAAGCGCAGCAGUGCUACUUCAUGGAGUUGUUCUGGACAGUCUUCCGGGAUCCUCUGGGGCACUGUGACACUCGGAGCCCCUGGGGUCGAAGCAGAUCAGAGCUGGAGUGAGAGCUGGAGGGUGGCUGGGGGUGCAGGGCAGUCAUCUGGCCCAUCACCUGGGCUGCCCUUGGCGUUUUCAUGUCCCUGCCUUUGAAAGAAAAGUCAGCCUGGCAGCUUUGUUUUUUCCUCCUCCUCUGAAAUAGGGUCUCACUCUGUGGCACAGGAUGAAAAGCAGUGGCAUGAUCACAGCCCCCUGCAGCCUCCAUCUCCUGGGCUCAAGCGAUCUUCCCACUUGAGCCUCCCAAAUAGCUGAGACUAC